AUGUACCUAUAUUUAGCUAGUGAGAUUAAGUUGCAGAGGCUUCAAGCAGGGCAAAAAGCACAUUGGUCUGCCUUUUUCACAGACAAACCUUUGGGCAGACAACAGCUAAAGCUUUCUACUCCCUCCCCUUUCCCAAGUGUUUGUGAAAUGGAUUCCCAAAGGGAACUCACUGAAGAGCUCAGACUUUAUCAAUCCACCCUCCUUCAGGAUGGCCUCAAGGAACUCCUUGAAGAGAAAAAGUUUGUAGAUUGCUCUCUAAAAGCUGGUGACAGAAGCCUGCCUUGCCACAGAUUGAUUCUGUCGGCAUGUAGCCCUUAUUUUCGUGAGUAUUUCUUAUCUGAGCAAAAUGAAGAGAAAAAGAAGGAAGUAGUUCUAGAUAAUGUUGACCCCAACAUCUUGGAUAUGAUUGUCAAAUACCUUUAUUCAGCAAGUAUUGAUCUCAAUGAUUCUAAUGUGCAAGAUAUUUUUGCUUUGGCCAGCCGCUUUCAGAUCCCUUCUGUAUUCACUGUGUGUGUCUCCUACCUUCAGAAGAGGCUUGCUGUUGGUAACUGUCUGGCCAUCCUUCGGUUAGGUGUUCUGCUUGAUUGCCCAAGACUUGCAUUUUCUGCCCGUGAUUUUGUUUCAGAUCACUUUGUGCAGAUCUGCAAAGAAGAGGACUUCAUGCAGCUUGCCCCUCAUGAACUUAUCUCAGUUAUUUCACCUGACAGUUUAAAUGUAGAGAAGGAAGAACUGGUAUUUGAAGCAGUAAUGAGAUGGGUCCGAACAGACAAGGAGAACAGAGUAAAAAGCCUGGUGGAAAUUUUUGACUGCAUACGUUUUCGUCUAAUGCCAGAAAAAUAUUUCAAAGAACAGGUUGAGAAGGAUGAUAUAAUUAAAAGCAACUCAGAUCUUCAGAAAAAAGUAAAGAUUAUUAAGGAUGCUUUUGCUGGAAAACUGCCUGAUUCUAGCAAAAGCACAGAAAAGUCAACCAAAGGGGAAGUGAAUGGCGAUGUAGGAGAUGAAGAUUUACUGCCUGGCUACCUAAAUGACCUUCCCAGGCAUGGCAUGUUCGUCAAAGACCUGAUUCUUCUGGUUAAUGACACAGCUGCAGUAGCUUAUGAUCCUCUUGAAAAUGAAUGCUACCUGGCAGCCCUUGCAGAACAGAUUCCCAGAAAUCAUUCCAGUAUAGUCACCAAACAAAAUCAGGUCUAUAUUGUUGGAGGACUCUAUGUGGAAGAGGAGAACAAGGAUCAGCCUUUCCAGUCAUACUUCUUCCAGCUGGAUAGCAUUGCUGGUGAGUGGGUUGCCCUUCCUCCACUGCCGUCAGCCAGGUGUCUCUUCGGGCUGGGAGAGUCAGACAACAAGAUCUAUGUGAUAGCAGGCAAGGACCUUCGCACGGAGGAGUCGCUAGAUUCAGUCUUGUGCUAUGACCCUGUGGCAAUGAAAUGGGGUGAGAUCAAAAAACUGCCCAUCAAAGUAUAUGGCCAUGCAACUAUCUCAAACAAUGGACUGAUAUAUUGUCUUGGUGGAAAAACUGAUGAUAAGAAAUGCACUAAUAGAUUAUUUGUGUACAAUCCCAAGAAAGGAGACUGGAGAGACCUGGCUCCAAUGAAAGUGCCUCGCUCGAUGUUUGGAACAGCCAUCCAUAAGGGCAAGAUUGUCAUUGCAGGUGGUGUCACUGAGGAAGGCCUUACUGCAUCUGUUGAAGCUUUUGAUCUGACCACCAAUAAAUGGGAGCUAAUGCCUGAAUUUCCCCAAGAGAGAAGUUCCAUUAGUUUAGUCACUUUAAGCGGAGCUUUAUAUGCUAUUGGAGGCUUUGCAAUGAUUCAGCUUGAAUCUAAAGAAUUUGCACCUAGUGAAGUCACUGACAUAUGGAAGUAUGAUGAUGAGAAGAAAGAAUGGGUUGGCAUACUGAAAGAGAUCCGAUAUGCUACUGGAGCCUCCUGCCUGGCCACACGCUUAAACCUCUUCAAGUUAUCAAAACUGUAAACAAAAUGCUGGAAGAUAUGAUAUGGGAGCACCAGGUUUUGUGGAGUCUGAAGAACAUGAAGACAUCAUCCGCCAAAAAAAAAAAAAUUUACAGCUAAGGCAUUACAUUCCCAUAGAGGCUGAGCAAUCAAAGCAAGAUCUUUUGUCUGGCAACUUUCUGUUUUUCUCUAGAAGCGUAAGAACUAACUGGACAGUUUUCAAUCAAAAAGAGUACUUCUGUGUCACACUUUCACUUGUCCCAACCAAGGCAUUCUGUCUCUUUUUCAUUACUUCUUCCUUCAAACAUCAAAUACAAUAUCAAUAUCUACCCAUCCUAUCAAAUACCAGUCAAAAUUUAUUGUCAUUUCAACAUCAUUAUAUUACAGUGGUCAGAAGAAAAAGGGAAAAAAUAUUUUUUAAAGAUAUCAUAAGUAUUAGCAGAUACUGUUGGGUUUAUAGUCAAGACAGUAUCUACUUUCCAUCAUCUGAUUUACAUGUUUAAUAGAAUCAAAUACUUGUAACAGUUUGUUACUUCUUUGUAUUUUACGGGAACAAAACACUAACAUCUAAGACUGCUAUUUUAAAUCUUAAGUAGAGAACUGUUUUAAACUCAAACAGCUACAUUUCAGCUACAUUACUUACCUUAAUAGUAACAUUUUUAGUUUGGCAAACAGCUCCAGAUCCUGGCAAUGCAACGCCACCAAGUACUGCGUUAACUUUACCAACUGUAACACGUGAUAGCUAUCCAAGUGUCUGUGCAGAACAGAAGCCAUCCUGAAUACAAGGAGGAAAAGAUUACAUGGUGUUAAGCUAAUACAGAAGAUACUGCAAACUCCAACAUGCCACAUGAAAUAGAGGUCUUGUGAUGCACAGUACCUAGAUGGAGGGUUUUACACUCCUGCACUAGUCUCCACAUUGAUUUUGACACUAUUCCACUUAGAGCAGCCUCUCUCAACUUACUGUACUGCAAAAUUAAAGUCCUCAUCACAACAAAUCAGCUACUUCACACUACUAAUUUCUGUUGCAGAUUUCACAAUCGGUUAAAUUUAGAGUGGACCAAGAACAUAAACUAGAACAGCACCAGCAGCUUCAGCACCACCACACUCACAUAACAGUGGUUGCUACAGCUGUGUUGGUCUAAAUCUGCAGAGGGGGAUAGAUUUCUAGGGAAAGACAAUAUCUUAAGACCUUCUUUAGACAAUGAGAUUCAGGAAGAAAAGGCAUUAAUUCACCUGAUCUUCCUUUCCGUAUCCCUUUGUGCCACAGAACACAAAAAUGUCCUUUUUCUUUCAAGGAUCUAUUUGAUUCAUACAAGUGCCUUCGAUCCAGUAACUGUUCACAACCUGCACUUAACUCUGCUGUAUCUCUGACAUAUCUAAUGCUACCUCCUCUGUGCCUGAAACAUCAACUUCUUUUCCAUUCACUGUAUGACAGACACUACCCCUCCCUAUAAAUAGCUUUCAGCUCCAAACUGUAGAAAAUAUGGCCCAGGAUCUUAAAAACAUAAGCUUUAACAGUUCAAAAUAGGACACAAUGACUUUUGAACAAACAAUUCACAAAAGUAACAGGACCUCCAAGACAGGAUAUGUUCUCUGCAACUUACCAUAUUUCAUUUGCACUCUCAUGAGUUUAGAGUAAUUGUUAGAGGCUAAGUUUAGUGCAAAAGGAUAACAUAUUUGUAAAUUAGACAGAUGCUAUCCAACAGUAACUUGGUAAGGAUGAAAUGCCUUUCCUUGAAAUUCCUAAAUUGCCUCAAUUACUUCUGAGUCAAGCUGCAAUAUUCUAGAAUAUGUAAUAGCCAAUAAGUUAUAGUGUAUAUACACUUGUGUGCAAGUGAUGCACCCACUGCUCCUAACUUACUGGAUAUGUCAAAGUUUUCCACACUACAUGGAAGUUUACCCAGAGAAUACAACUUCUUACUAAUAUCAAAAACAUUACUUUUUGAGUAGAUGAGAAUUUCUGCAUUUCAUUUUCCGCAUAGUCUUCAGUAUCAUCAAUACUUGGUGACUGCUAAAUUCUUCUGCCAUGUUUACUGCAGUUGCUAACAACCUAAAGAGGAAAAGCAUAUUUUCCAAUGAAAAACAGUUGAAAAUCUUUGAAAAAGAUUGCAGCCAGUUUCUCUACCUAUGAGAAAAAGAACCAAAGACUAUUUCUGGAAGCAAAAUUCUCCCAAACUAGAGGCUUUUCUUCUGUGGACUUUUCUUCUAAACAGCUGGUCUGUCUAGCACAGAUAAAGGGGUGUGAGUGUGUUGGAACAGUGCAUGUUGUUCUGAUGCUAGAUGCUAGCAAGUCCAACAAUUCUAAAAGUAGACAAGAAGUAGGGAAGGCACUCUAAGACCUAGAACAAUUCAUGAUCAAUCAGCAAGUUACAGAUAACAGAAUCAAACAUGAACUGUACUGCUUCUGUGGUAAUUAAAGACAAUGUUUAUCAUAAACAAUAUAAAUUAAAAAAAAAUUAAGAAAAGCUUUUGGAACUAAAUCAGCUAUGGCAAAACCAACACAGGCUUGCAGCAUGUCCAAAAUCUCUGAAUAAAGGAAAUGUUCAUGAAGAAAAGUAUGAAUAUAUGACUCAUUGUAAUUAAUACAGAAAAUUCUGCCUAGAACUGCAUGCUUUGAGAGACCCAUGAGUAACAUCAUCCCCAAAGAGGAUUUUGUGGCACAAGAAAAACAGGCAAAGGAAAAAAAAAAUUUGUCACACAAUACUGUGCUCUAAAUAAAUGCUGAAGUGUUCUCCGAUGAUGAUCUUUCAUAAAGAAUAAGAUGUCAGCAAUCUAGUAUAGGACAAACUCAGGCUUUUUCAGCUACUGACAGUCUUUAAAAGGAAAAAGCAACACGUAUCACUAGCACGUAUUUCUCAGGAGAAAGACAAAGGUUUUUACUACCACCCUCAGUGAAAGGAAGGCUGUAAUCUAAGAGACAGAACUACAGGAUGCAAAACAGCAUUCACACCCCCCUUAAUUGAUGGAUCUGAUUCAACUUAAUAAAACAUACUGCUUUGACAGUGUUUCCAUGAUGAAAUCAUCCAUUGCUACAACGUUACCACCAGGAAACCUAAGGCUCAGCUCACAGAUGGGCUCAGAAAUUCCUCCAAACACGGGUACAUUUUUAAUUUCUGUGUAAGAAUACAUGUAUAAUAAAUAAGACAAAAUUAUUAAUAACUUACCUUUC